AUGAAGUUCAAUCCGUUUGUGACUUCUGGCCGGAGCAAGAACCGCAAAUGGCAUUUCAAUGCACCUUCUCACAUUCGGAGGAAGAUCAUGUCUUCCCCCCUUUUCAAAGAGCUGAGACAGAAGUACAAUGUUCGCUCGAUGCCCAUUCGAAAGGAUGACGAAGUUCAGGUUGUCCGGGGACACUACAAAGGCCAGCAGAUAGGCAAAGUGGUCCAAGUGUACAGGAAGAAAUACGUCAUCUAUAUUGAACGGGUACAGCAAGAAAAGGCUAAUGGCACAGCUAUCCACGUGGGCAUCCACCCCAGCAAGGUGGUGAUCACCAGGCUAAAGCUGGACAAAGACCUAAAGAAGAUCCUGGAAAGGAAAGCCAAGUCUCGGCAAUAG